AUGUCUUGCUACGACCUGUGUUCCACCUCUGCCUGCGGCAUCUACCGCCCUCAGCCCAUCGCCGAGAGCUGCAACGAGCCCUGUGUCCGCCAGUGCCCCGACUCCACUGUCGUGAUCCAGCCACCCCCAGCUGUUGCCACCUUCCCUGGCCCCAUCCUCAGCUCCUUCCCCCAGGAUGCAGUUGUGGGAUCGUCUGGAGCACCCGUCCUUGGGGGCUAUGGGGGCUCCCUGGGCUACGGGGGGCUAUCCUUUGGCUACGGCAGCCCCUACUGGUACAACAGGUACAGCCGUGGUGGCUGCUGGCCCUGCUAA